AUGUCCCGGCAGGCCGCCAAGCUGGCCCGACCUGCUAAAUUUGCACUUGCUACAUCACCACCUGGUCUCAGGCUCGCCCGCCUCGGUCACGUCCAGCAUCGUGAGAUAAUCGCCUCGCCGCGACUCUUCUCCACGACACCCAAGAACGGCCUCCGAGACUUCUUCCCCGCCAAAGACACGCCGCACAUCCAAACCACAAAGGCAGCAUGGCCGCACCCCGGGUAUACCCUAGAAGAAAUGGUGGCCGUCGAGCCCGCCCACCGUGAGCCCCGAAACGUGAGUGACUGGGCCGCCUGGAAGAUUGUUCGCUUCGCGCGCUACUGGAUGGACAAGGCGACUGGCAUGGCCCGGGACCAGCAGGUUGAUAAAAAGCAUCCCACCACAUCAGUAGUCGCGGAGAAGCCACUCACCGAAGCGCAAUGGUCCCAGCCCGCCGCUAACGCGCCCAUCACCCAGCUCGUCCGAUUCGUCUUCCUCGAGAGCAUAGCCGGCGUCCCAGGAAUGGUGGGCGGCAUGCUGCGCCAUCUCAGCAGCCUCAGGCGCAUGAAGCGCGACAACGGCUGGAUCGAGACCCUGCUCGAGGAGAGCUACAACGAGAGAAUGCACCUCUUGACCUUUAUGAAGAUGUGCGAGCCCGGCCGCUUCAUGAAGCUCAUGAUCAUCGGCGCUCAGGGCGUCUUCUUCAACGCCCUCUUCAUCACCUACCUCCUCCACCCUCGCAUCGUGCACAGGUUCGUCGGCUACCUCGAAGAAGAAGCCGUCCACACGUACACUCGGGCGAUUCGCGAAAUCGAGCACGGCCACCUCCCAAAGUGGGCAGACCCAAAGUUUCAAAUCCCCGAUAUUGCCAUCCAGUACUGGAACAUGCCCGAGGGAAACCGCACAAUGAAAGACCUCAUACUGUACAUUCGCGCCGAUGAAGCCGGCCACCGUGGAGUCAACCACACGCUUGGAAACCUCAACCAGAAGGAGGAUCCUAACCCGUUCGUCAGCACAUUCAAGGACAGAGAACCGCCGAGACCGGCUUUAAGGGCCGCUGGUUACGAGCGAUCUGAUGUCAUUUGA